AUGCAAAUAUCCCCGUCAUCCCACCCAAUCGUCCAAGGAAACGUCGUAGUCGAUCCACAAUCGCUCCCCGGGCAAUCGCUUCCGUACGACAAAGCCUCGACCGCUGCCAUUGUGGAUAUUCGAACUUCUGUUAUGGCAUGGAGAUGUCAAAUUCAUCGAAGCUGUGUGGUACUCGGCAUGAGAGCAGUCUGA